AUGCAAGCGCGCUCCACGGCCACAUUGUCUGCGUCUCUCGAGCGAGAGAGUGUUUCAUCUCUCAACAAAGGGUAUACACGAGUUCUACUCAAUUUGUUGUCGGGUUUCUUGUAUCCAUACGCUAACAGAAUUGGGUGCUGUCUGUCUUCCGAAAAGAGUCCAGCGGAGAAAUCGAAGCCGCCGGACGAGAUAAUGGCAUUUCACGAGUAUCCUGUCACUCAGGACUAUCGGAUUAGUCGAAAGGUUCUCGGUGUGGGAAUCAACGGAAAAGUGGUCGAAUGCGAGAAUCGUGCAACCCAGGAGAAAUAUGCUCUGAAAGUGCUCCGAGACACUGAAAAAGCGCGUCGAGAGGUGGAAUUACACGUGAUGGCAUCCGGACAUCCCCAUAUUGUCUCCAUUCACGACGUCUACAAGAAUUCGUAUAACGGAGUCGAUUGUCUUUUGGUUGUGAUGGAGAAUAUGAAGGGCGGCGAACUGUUUGCGCGGAUUCAGGAGAGAGGGCAGAAGGCGUUCACGGAACGGGAAGCCGCUGGAAUUGUCAAUGAGAUUUGCUCGGCAGUGGCACAUUUGCAUCGGAUGAGCAUCGCUCAUCGCGAUUUGAAACCAGAGAAUUUGCUUUAUUGCACGCCAGCCGCCAGUGCCGCUCUGAAACUCACAGAUUUCGGUUUCGCUAAGAAGACUGAUGAAUCAGAGCCUCAAGGACUCAAAACCGCCUGCUUCACACCGUAUUAUUGUGCUCCAGAAGUUCUCGGAACCGAGAAAUACGACAAAUCUUGUGAUCUAUGGUCGGUCGGUGUCAUUAUGUACAUUUUACUCUGUGGCUACCCACCAUUCUACUCGCAACACGGACAACCAAUGUCGCCAGGAAUGAAGGCGAAAAUCAAGUCGGGGCAGUACACUUUCCCGAGUCCCGAAUGGGAUUGUGUCUCGGAAGCUGCCAAGGAUUUGAUCCGAAAACUGCUCCGCACCGAGCCCACAGAACGUAUCACAAUCGAGCAAACCAUGGAGCACAAGUGGAUUUCUCACUAUCGCAAAGUGCCAGACACGCCUCUGUUCACCAGUUCGAAUCUUUGUGAGCAAAAAGAGCAAUGGGUCGAUGUGCAAGACGAGAUGGAGGCGACGUUGGCGUCGAUGCGAGUCGGACCAGAAAAUAUUCAGAUUAAGAGUCUCGGAGACUCGAAUAACAAGUUGCUGGCGAAGAGGAGAAAAGGCGGUGCUAGUCCGAAAGACGAACCAAUGGACGACAUCAAAGAGGAGAAGGAUGAGGAGGAAGAGAGAAUGUUGUCUUAG